GAGUCUCCGAUUGCUCGACUCGGUUUUCGUGAUCACUCUCGGGCUGUCGUAAUCACAAAUUUUGAAACACGUGGAGAGGAAAAGGUAAAGAGAGGAUUGGCCGACAACACAUGCGCAUCCAAUACUGAAUUGAGAGAACGGAUGCCUCUGCUUUCCUGCGACACUUGUGCCUAACUUCCUGGUUGCUGCUGAGGUUCUCUCCCUCUCUAUGGCGGAUACUCCUGAAACCCGGCGCAAGGCCUUGGCUAGAAUAUCAUCCAUCACCAACCACCUGGUUCCCCCGCUCGUUCCUCAAGUUCGUCCCUCGAACGCCUCGAAAUCGGAAGGGGAAGGUGACAGUUACCACAGAAUUCAUGGGGAGGUUUCAUCCGCAAAGGUCAUCUGGAGGGUCUGCUCUGACAAAGAGGGUCCGGAAUUCACCGACAUUAUUUAUGAAAAAGCCGUUGGAGAAGGCAUUGCCAAGAUUACAAUCAACAGGCCAGCAAGGAGAAACGCUUUUAGGCCUCAGUCAGUUAAGGAGCUAAUACGUGCGUUCACUGAUGCUAGAGAUGACAUAACCGUCGGAGUAAUCAUCUUAACUGGCAAGGGAACACAAGCGUUUUGUAGUGGUGGGGACCAAGCAUUGAGACUGUCAGAUGGAUAUGCUGAUAAGGAUAGUUUUGGUCGUCUUAAUAUCUUGGAUCUGCAGGUACAGAUACGCCGUCUUCCCAAGCCUGUGAUCGCAAUGGUUGCAGGUUAUGCUGUUGGAGGUGGUCAUGUCCUACACCUGGUCUGUGAUUUAACAAUUGCAGCUGAUAAUGCAAUUUUUGGCCAAACUGGGCCGAAGGUUGGGAGUUUUGAUGCUGGGUAUGGAUGCAGUAUCAUGUCUCGUCUGGUGGGUCCUAAAAAAGCACGUGAAAUGUGGUUUCUGUGCCGAUUUUAUGAUGCUGCCGAAGCAGAGAAAAUGGGACUUGUCAAUGCUGUAGUGCCUUUAGAAAAGCUAGAACAAGAAACAGUGCGUUGGUGCCGGGAGAUCUUAAGAAAUAGUCCUACGGCUCUUCGAGUUUGUAAAGCUUCUCUUAAUGCUGUAGAUGAUGGGCAUGCUGGCUUGCAGGAAUUGGCUGGCGACACUACCUUGAUAUUCUACGGUACGGAUGAAGCAAAUGAGGGAAGGUCUGCGUACAUGCAGCGAAGGCGACCAGAUUUUUCACGGUUUCCAAGGCUGCCAUAGCAAAGUAUGCUCAUCCCUCGCUCUCUUUCUCUCCCUUUCUCUCUUUGUAUGAACGAGAUUGAGCAGUGUUCAAACCACUGAUCAUAUCAGGGAUAAAUAUGACGAACAGAACGGCACUGCUUGGUCAAGGUUUGUAUGUGCCAACUUCAAGCAUGAUUAGAUAUUGAUCGACAAGUUUUCUGUUCACGGCAAUGUUAAGAUAGAAACACUGUGAAGACUUGCUAAUAGAGCUCAACAUUGACACUCUUC